GUGCAGGCCACUCACUGACGGUGAGUGACGGUCAUGUGGAGACGUAUGAUGAGCAAUAUGAGUCCGAGGAGGAUUCAACUUACCAACCGGGGACUGAACCGGUGGAAACCCCAUAUGACGGGGAAGAUGAUGUGAGCGAAGAGAGCGACGAUAAUGACGCUCUUGAAAGAAUAGAGGAACUACUCCGACAGUACCACCAAGAUCGCCAAAGGCGCCGAGCAAGGCGUGCUUUGGAAGGGGCUUCAAGAAGAGGAAGCCGUGUAACUCCCCGGGAGAUCAUAGAAUCCCGAGGAGGGGGAGGUGCUGAGGUCCCAAUAAUAAGGAUCUCAAAGUACCUCAAGGAGGCAAGAGACUUGGGAUGUAAACCGUUUGAUGGAACGGGGGACAUCUCCGUGGCGGCCGAGUGGAUCAAAAGAUUCAACGAGGCGGCCCUCGACAUGCAACUACCACCCCACAUGAAGCUGAGGGUAGCCACGAGGCUACUAGAAGGCAUGGCGUCCACAUGGUGGGAUGGAACAAAAGGGAAGUACGGUGAGGCCGUCACUUGGGAAAAUUUCAGACAGGAGUUCUUCAGCCAAUACUACUCCGACUUCGAGGUGAACUUGAAGAGGAGGGAGUACACGAAUUUGACCCAAGGAGGUGAAUGUACGGUGAAGGAACUUGAGCACAAGUUCAGAAAACUUGUUGAGUUCAUACCGGAGUACAUUUGUGAUGAAAACCGGAUGGUGAACCAUUUCUGGGAUGCCUUGGACCUCGACAUACGCGAGAGGGCAACACAAUUGCCUAAUAUGGCGUUCAGUCAAGUGGUUGAACAAGGCCUGAAAGGAGAGAAGGAGUGGGAGGAAAGAAAACGAAGGAAUGCCGAGGAGGCAAGGAAAAGAAAAUGGGAGAGCCAUGGCCCUCAAGGUUCCAACAAGAAGGGGAACCACGGGGGAGGCGGAUCCUUCAAAACCCCUGCACCACCGGUAAGGGGAAAUCAAGGCCCGAGCGGGCAAAGCUCUGUGUCACAAGGCUCAUGCGCGAAGAAGUGCAGCAACUGCAAGAAGAACCACUUUGGCAUGUGCCGCGAUCCCCCGAGGUGCUAUCAAUGCGGGGAGGUCGGGCAUUUGAAGGUGAGUUGCCCACAACUUGGGCGAGCCAUGGGGGCCGGACCGAGUAGUGCAACGACGGUGAGCAGGAAUCGAACCGGAGCACCAAAUGCUAGCGGUGGGCACGGUGGGGCGAGUGCAAGCAACGCGCCAUCCGUAAACCAAGGAAGGACCCAAGCUCGGGUCUAUGCUAUGACGGAGGCAGAUGCUCGUGCCAACCCAGACUCCGUUGCGGGUAGAACUUGAAGGUUGCUACCGGCGCCCGUUGCUUCGGGGAUAGUCAAAGGAGAAGACGUGGUUCGUGCUUCUUCUGUUUCCUGUUUUCAAAAUAAUGAUAACAAUGCUCAUGGACGUUAUUUUUGAACAAUUACUUUGGGGGCUUGUAUGCCUAGUUAUGCCAAGUGUGGCUUGAACAAUUGUAUUAAUGCUUCCGCUGUUUUAAAUGAAUGUUUUACAUUGUGUUU